AUGGUCCAACAUCUUCCAUUUGCCGACAUCACUGUCCCCACGCCCGGCUUCGGUGCCAUGGGCAUCAGUUUCGGCCUUGGGAAUAAUCUCAGCCUCGAGGAAGCAGAGCCUGUUCUGCUCAAAGCUAUUGAACUAGGCUGUACUUUCUGGGAUACUGCCGUUGUUUACCAAGCUGGCGUCAAUGAGAAGCUUUUGGGAGACUUUAUCAGGAAACAUCAAGUUCGCGACAAGGUGUUCAUUGCUUCUAAGUGUGGUUUCGAUUGCUUUGGUGAUGGAUCCGUCACCAAUUCUGCUGCCCAUAUCAAGUCAUACAUUGAUGGUACCAUUGAGAGACUUGGUUUCGCCCCCGACCUCUACUAUCUCCACCGAAUCGACCCAAAAACCCCGCUCGAAGAGUCAAUUGCCGCAUUGGAUGAGAUCCGUAAGCAGGGCAAGACCAAGUACAUCGGAGUCUCGGAAUGUUCUGCCGAGACACUUCGUAAAGCCAAUGCCAUCGCCAAGAUUGAUGCCCUCCAGGCUGAAUACUCCGCAUUCGAAACAGUACACGAGACAGACGGCCUCAUCGAUACAGCGCGAGAGCUAGGCAUUGCUUAUGUUGCCUACAGCCCGUUGGGACACGGCUGGCUAGUUGACGACUUUCCCUACCAAACCCCCGAUGAUUUCGCACCCGACGAUUUCCGUCGUGGAUCUCCUAAGUUCCAGGGCGAGAACUUCCACCAGAACAAGAAAAUCGUGGAUGAGAUCAAGAAAUUAGCAGUGAGAAAGGGCGUCAAGUUGACCCAGAUUGCCCUUGCGUGGGUUGCGGCGCAGGGAUUCAUUGCUAUUCCGGGCACGACGAAGUCUGGGCGACUGGAAGAGAAUUGGGCUUCUAGAGAUGUGGAGUUGAGUGAGGAAGAAAAGGGAGAACUACGACGGAUUAUUGACUCUGCGAAGCCACACGGAAACAGAUACGGUGCUGCUCAUCAAGCUAUGGUCGGGCAUUAA